UAGCCGACUACCAUGUGUGUAUGGCAAUGGUUAUAAACAAUGCUUCAGAAGAACGACAGCUACAACGCAUGCGUAGUUUGUUUUUAAACCCAGUUUUGGGUUAUAGUAGCAGCACGGUUGAAAUGUUAAACUAUAGAGUUUGGGGAUGUUGUAACUGUGUGUAGCUUUCUUUGUUGCGGUACUUUGUAUGUGCUUGGUUAUGACGGUGAGAUUGUGUAACACAGCGGAUAACAAAUGUGAAUGAGUUCUUCAGGCGGAAGAUGGAAGAAGAAAAAACGCUCACCCGGCCCCGUUUCCCCGCCCGACGUCGACGCCCCUGCUGAGGUGUCUGUGCAUAAGCGGAACCUGUAUUACUUUUUGUACCCACUGAUAACUGUCUUUGGUCUGGUUCGCUUUUUUGCUUUCCACUUGGGUAUACUUUUUGCUUGCAUGUGGGAGAGGCUCUACCGGGCCAUGUCAAACGGGAGGACGCCGGCAGUGCUCUCUGGCCUGUCCGUAGGUACACGGGAGACAGUACCGGAGGACGGGAACUUAAAAUUAGUCCACGCUGUCCACAAACAGGCCUUUAACUACGUUUCUGUUGCACUGCGGAUAGAUGAAGAUGACAAAGGAAGCAAAGAACAAGCUGCUGAAUGGUACAAGAAAGGUAUUGCUGAACUGGAGAAAGGAAUAGCCAUUCCGGUUAUCGGACAAGGGGAAGAGUCUGAUCGGGCCAGACGACUUCAGGAUAAAAUGAAGACAAAUCUGGUGAUGGCUAAGCAACGUCUACAACAUUUAGAAAGUGGAGCUGUACCAAAGAAGAAAGAUCUUCUACCCAUCACAGAAAGCAGUUUGUCACGGGCAAAAUCUGUUCCCAGAAGUGUGCCAGCUGGACUGCCGGGCCGUUACAGGGCAUCCAACAGUAGUGGAGUAUGCAACUCUGUUGCCCGACAGCCAUGUCAGCCUUCUGUUACAGGAAGCAAGGGUUCUACUUCAGGAAAAAGUGCUUCCAAGUCAAAUAAUAAACCUUCCACUCCAACAGUUACACCUCGUAAAAAGAAGGACCUAAAAAACUUCAAAAAUGUGGAUAGUAGACUUGCAAAUCUCAUCUUAAAUGAAAUUGUAGAUAAUGCUUCCUCUGUCAGAUUUGCUGAUGUAGCAGGUCAAGAUUUAGCCAAGCAGGCACUGCAGGAGAUCGUUAUUCUUCCAGCACUCAGACCUGAGCUAUUUACAGGACUGAGAGCUCCUGCUCGUGGACUGUUGCUGUUUGGCCCUCCUGGUAAUGGAAAGACUUUGCUGGCUAAAGCAGUAGCUAUGGAGUCCAAUGCAACUUUCUUCAAUAUAAGUGCUGCAAGUUUGACUUCUAAAUAUGUGGGAGAAGGAGAAAAACUUGUGCGUGCUCUAUUUGCAGCAGCAAGAGAGCUUCAACCAUCUAUAAUUUUUAUAGAUGAAAUUGAUAGUCUUUUAUGUGAGAGAAGAGAAGGAGAACAUGAUGCAAGCAGACGACUGAAAACAGAAUUUUUAAUUGAAUUUGAUGGGGUACAGUCUUCUAUAGAUGACAGAGUAUUAGUAAUGGGAGCAACCAACAGACCGCAAGAAUUGGAUGGAGCUGUUCUAAGGAGGUUUGCAAAGAGAAUUUAUGUUUCUUUGCCAGAUGAGGAGACCCGUAUGAUGCUUCUUACUAAUCUGCUGAGUAAACAUGGCAACCCACUUAACCAGAAAGAAUUGUUGCAGUUGGCCAAAAUGACAGAUGGAUAUUCAGGGAGUGACUUAACAUCUUUAGCAAAAGAUGCAGCACUACAGCCUAUCCGAGAACUAAAGCCAGAGCAAGUUAAAAACAUGUCCCCUGCUGAGAUAAGAAGUAUUAAGAUGUCAGAUUUUUUGGAGUCCAUGAAGAAGAUAAGACGUUCUGUGAGCCCACAAACCCUAGAUGUUUACAUUCGUUGGAAUAAAGAAUAUGGUGAUACUACAGUUUAAAGCCUGAAACAGUGUCUGAGGAGAACAGCCGCUCACUACACUGCAGUUGUUGCCUUCAUCAGAGACAAAUCCACACUUGGUAUGCAUUUUAAACAUAAAAAAAUACCUUUGGAUAUACUUUCACCCCUCCACCCCCAACACUCAGACGUGUUUUAGUGUACUAAUAUAUCACAUUAGUGUUGCAUAAAGAAGGCAAGGGGUAUAAAUGUUGUUUGUAAGGCCCUUUUUCUGGGGGGGGGGGGCCCUCCCUUCCAUGCCGCUAGGUGCCAGUUAUAAUGACGCAAUCUCUACCCUACUGGCAAAUAUGUCAUAAUUGGGCGACUGUUUGCUGUUUCCUGCAUGAGGGCGAAUGUUGAGCUCCUCUGAUUUUAAAACUUACUAUAUAAAGUCUAAAGGUAUUCUUUAACUUCUAAAAUGUAUACUAUUUGUAAAUGUAUGUGUUGAAGGCAAAUCCUACCAUAUGUGAAUCACAGCUGCCCUCAUCAUAUCUGAUAACAUCCUGUUUACACUUUGAGUGGGACAUAAAGAAGUUGAGUUGCUCCAACAUUGAACCACCCAAGUCAAGUUACUGCUUCGUUUAGUAACAUUGUACCUGAAUGUUAACCAUGAUGCAUGUCCAAACUUAAUGCUUGUACAUUUAAAAAUGUUGGGUUGGUGGGGGCAAACAAGGGAAAAUUUACAAAGAUGCAGUGUGCAAGUAGAUGCUUAAAAGCCUUAAAGUUUGUAGCCCUCCUUUGGGACAUUCCAGGUGGACAACAGUUGUAUCUAAGCUUAGUUCAGGUGAUCUAAUGACAUACACUGUACUUUGAACAUGUCAUUUCAUUUGUAAGCUUCCAUUAACAGUGAUGUGUAAUUGACUGUUCUGAGAUGAGCUGUGCCUUAAGAUAAUUCUGAUGUAUCAUGAUGUCAUGAUUGCUGAAUUUACUAUAUGCAUCUGUUUUUUUGUAUUGCCUUCCACAGAGAGCAUUUUUCUAAGUUGUGGUUGGAUAAAACCAAAUUUAAGUACCAUUAUUUCACAGUUGUGUGUCUGUCAUGCUGGCACUAACCAAAAAGAAACACUGGGGGUUUGUUUUCUAAUAUGAAACAGCGGGUCUGUUUUAUUGUGAGUUUUUCUUUUUAGUUUACAGGAAACAUUGAAUAAAGUUAGUUUACAGUAAUUUACGUAAUUAAUUUGUCAAACAGUGUAGUGUCGAAGAGGUGCAACCUGUAAGCCUUAGUUAUAAAGAUUUUUUUUUUUUGCAGUUUUUUUCAUGGUGCUCUUUGAAUUAAUAAAUUUCUUGCCAGCUCCCAAGGGGAAUAGGUUUUAUAUAAUGAACCAUGCAGGCUGUAAGUGACAUGGCUUUUAAAAAUGAUAUUGGCUGUCAGUCUGAGAUGGUCCGUUUGUCACAAAAUGUUGCAGUUAAUAUGCUUUUUGUUAUCAGCAUUUACUGCAGCCAAGUACAGUGUAGUCUAAAUCUAAGGCUUAGUCUACAGCUUUCUUAGUUUUUGUCCAACUUGCUGUCAAAUAUGACACCUUGGUUGAAAGAAUGUAUAAGAACUGUCUGCCGUGGUCUGCGAGAAACUCAUCACAUGUACUUAAUGUGGACAAUGACUUUCAUAACGGAAGAUUUUUACCUCGUUACUCACAAUUGUUUUUGUAAAUUGUGUAAUAUAUGUGUAUAUACGUGUGUUUUUUAACAAAAUGUAAUGGGGUCAGAACCAAAUUUUAUGAGUUAACCAAGCCUUGACUGUACAUUAAUGUUUAUACAGCUUGUUCCUUAUUACCAUUAGGCUGUGGUUAAAUAUAAAUUUGCUUUCUGCAAUUGCCAUCAGAAUGACGGAUGGCAUGUUUAGGUAUAUUUUCUCUACAGCACAACUGAUGAACUAUUUCUGUCCAGUGGAUAGCCUAGUACAGAAAUGUAAACCAUAUUUUUUUAACUAAGUCUCCAGGACUUUUUAAGUGCACUGUCUUUCUCAAGCCAGUGAUAUGUUGACAUAGGGGAAUGUAUUGUAUUUCCCCUUAUACAGUAAUUUUGAACAUUUAUACACACUGAAGCAUUUAAAACUUAUUUUGACAAGGUUUUCAUGAUUUCUCAAAGUCAGCAUUGUGUACCAGUAUAGGAGUUCACAUUUUCUAUCAAACCAUUGGAUCCCAGUGUGGAUCUUUUUGUACUUAUCCUUUUGUGGUAAAUAUUUUUUCUGAUGAAAAAUAACUAGGAAGUGGAAGAAUGAUAAGUUUCUCAUUUUAGUAGAGGGCAUGCAAGGCAUUUGUAAGAAUACCUUAGUGUUUUAUAACUAAAACUAUCUGGUUAUAUUAGAUGUAAUUAAGUUUGCCAGAAAGUAAUUCUCUCUCUAAAUGUGUAUAUACUGGUAUGUGUAUUACAUGUAUACAUCCCACUUAGGGCUGAUUGUGAAAACUACAGUCUCUUGUGAAUGAAAACUGCUUUUUCCUUUACUUUAAUGUGAAAACUAGUUUGUUUCCCUUUUUCUUUUUUUUUUUUUUUUUACCCAAGUACUGCACUUUUAGACCAUACAGUGUGCUUUGUGGUUAUAACAUGCUGUUAGGAAAAUGUAAAAAGCAUUCUGACACUGAAGACAAACUGGAAAACAAGCUACACACACACACACAUAUAUAUAUAUAUAUAUAUAUAUAACAGCUGAAAGCUACGGAAAAGUGCUGCUAUAGCCUCACUUCAGUAAGUCAGCUGGUUAUGUCUGUAUAUAAAGAUCAGUUAUAAAAGUAUGUGUUGUACAUGAUUACAACUGUUUUAUCUCGACUCUUACUGGAAGCACAAACUUCUCUUGGUGGAAUGUGACUGCACAGACUUUUAUAAAAAGGGCUUUCAAGUUAGAGGAUGCUUUGGAAGUUGUGUGUAAUGAAGUCUCAGGCAUAUUCAGUAUGUUUGCAUUGUUGUGUGUAAUUAUCUUAGAUGGCAUUACUGUUUAACCAGUCAUUUUUAAAGCUCUCUGGAAUUCACCAUAGUAAUGCACAAAGAUACCACAUUCUUAUUAUAUUAGUUUUUUGGUCACAGUAUGUAGAAUUCACAAUUUUAAAUGUGAUUAUUUUGUGUAUAUUUGACAAAGUAGAUGAAUGUAGUAAUCUGAAUGAAGUAAAUAGAAGGCUUCCAAAAGCCAUUUGUCUAACGGUAUUAACAUACUAAGACUAUGGUUUUAGUCAUGUUCCUGGCUAUACAUUUUUAUUCCUCUCAGUCUUUUAAGACCAUUGAGGGGAAAGUGAAUGAAACAAAAUAUUUGAUUUAAAUGUUACUCUCUUGAAGUUUGAUCUGCUUUGAAAGACCCGUUUUAAAAGCAUGUUAGAUAUUCAUCUGAUGUGCGUACAUGUCAUUAAAGUGCUUAACGUCUUACUAGAUUUUUGGCUUUCCAUAAUGUAACACAUUUUCCAUUGUCAUUCAGUGCACUGAUGCAUUCUGCACUUAAAUUAAAACUGAUAAGUAACUGAAUAUUUAAAACUGAAAUAAAGGAAAUUGAAAAUGGUGUCUGUUUAUUAUUGAGUUGGUCAUGUUUGUUUUAUUACGUCAUAAUAAAGAUUUUUGACAUAGUUGACAUUUUUGUGGAGGCUGCACCAAGGUAUGUGUGCUUCCCCCCCAAACAUCUGUUAACUCUAAAAUGUGCCAUUGCCAUGAAACUGUAAUUAUGUCCUUUGAAAGGACAUCAGUUGUUGCAUUUCUCAUUGUGACAGAAAUUAAAUGCAGGAGUCAUACUGUCCUUUUAAUAACUUGCAUUAAAGGAGAAAAUUAAUAAAAUCAUUUUGUUUUAAUUA